UAUCUAUGAACUAUGCUUAGAUUGACACUCGUAUGCCUUAUCUAUAAAAGAUGAUAUUAGAGCCAUAUGGAUUAAGAAAGCAUAACCAAGUUGCAUUGCAUGGGAAUGGGAAGUGCACCGCCCUUUUUUGUGCUUGGUUUAAUCUCCACAUACAAAAUCAUAUGUACCAAAAUUUGGAGUAGGGUCCAUUUCCAUCUGGGAUUUAAAGGGUUAUUAGCCACUGAAUAUGGAGUUUCACUGGGAAGACAUUAAAUUGCACGUUGAUGAGAUCUAACAAUGUCCACUCGUUUGAGAAAGAUGACCGACUCCACCCGGCAAUCGCCAGUAAACGAGGAUCAUUACAUUUCAGCCCCCAUCUGAAGAACACGACCCAGCCAUUUCGGAAAAGUAGCCAUCGAUAAGGAUUGCUGCCCAUACACAUUACACAAGACGGCAAGCCGAUGGGCCCUUGCACUUUUUGUGUUCGACGAAAUUCCCCAGUGGGUUUUUGGCUUUUCCCACUACCCACCCCCAGGGGUGCGGUGCUCAUCAGCCCUUAGACACUUUUAAAAAAUGGAAAAAGUAGGUCCUCCAAUUCAAUUUUCAUAUCUAAUUUAAUCAAACCUCACUCUUCCCUCGUUCUCAUCUCAAUCCCAUCCCAGAUAUUAUCCAAUUCCAUUCCUUCCUCUACUCAUCAUAUUCCCAUUCCAACUUGUCUAUUGAUUCAUUAUUCUUGUUCUAAUGCCUUCUAUACCAUUCGUGUACUUUUCAUCUUCAUAAUUGUUACUUCCCUUUCAGUUGUGAUGGCGAUGUUGUCGGGAAUGCGACGGAAAUUGCACAUUCAUUGAUAAGGGAAAGAUCGUGACUAUAUAACUAAGGAAUAGUAUGAGACAUUUUGGGUAAAACCAAAUGUAAAACAACGUAUGCUUAAAGUUGCCAAUGCAAUCAAAGUUAGUCCCAUAUUGGCUAGAUAAAAGGGAGAUCAUCAGUAUAUAAGGAAGAAACUCAACAGCUAAAUAUUUGGGGAGACUAUUUCGACUGGAGGAAGAGACCUGCUGUAAAAGGACGCCAUGGAGGCAUGCUGGCUGCCUCCUUUGUAUUGGUUGUUGAAGUAUUGGAGAAUCUAGCGUUCCUAGCCAAUGCAAGCAAUCUUGUUCUGUAUCUGUCCAAGUUCAUGCAUUAUUCUCCAUCCGAGUCUGCCAACAUUGUCACCAAUUUUAUGGGCACAGCUUUCCUUCUUGCGCUCCUUGGUGGCUUUCUAGCAGAUGCUUUCUUCACCACUUACUCUAUCUUCUUGAUAAGCGCUGCAAUAGAAUCCUUGGGACUGGUAAUUCUGACGCUGCAAGCUGAUGUACCAUAUCUGAAGCCUGCAAGAUGCAUUGUGGGGAAUGGAAAUCCAUGCCAUAAAGUUGGAGGUGGAGAAGCAGCGAUGCUAUUUGCAGGGCUUUACAUGGUGGCACUUGGAGUUGGAGGGAUAAAAGGGGCUCUUCCUUCUCAUGGGGCUGAGCAGUUUGAUGAGACCACUUUUGAAGGAAGGAAGAAAAGAUCUGCAUUCUUCAACUACUUUAUCUUCUGUCUUUCAUGUGGAGCUUUGAUUGCUGUAACUUUGGUGGUGUGGAUGGAAGAUAACAAAGGCUGGCAAUGGGGUUUUGGGAUCUCUACUCUUACAAUACUCAUCUCUAUUCCUAUUUUCCUUCUUGGAUCGCCCACUUACAGAAUUAAAACGCCAGCCGGAAGCCCAAUCACAACCAUUUUUAAGGUUCUAGCCUCAGCUGCUUUCAACAAUAGAAAAGCAAAGACUAGUAACAACGUUGUGAUGAAUUUAUCCACAAGUUCAGUAUCUUCAGACACUACCACAGACAUUAUUGCUGAUGAACAGAAUCAGAGUAUGGAAAAAGAAAACAACCCGAUUCCAAUUCAAACACAAUCCAUGGAGUUUCUCAAUAAAGCUACAAUCAACAACCCCAACCAUCCACAACUAAAUUGCACAGUCAAACAAGUAGAAGAAGCCAAAAUAGUACUAAAAAUCUUCCCAAUUUUCACCUCAACCAUAAUGCUCAACUGUUGCCUUGCACAACUCUCCACAUUCUCAGUCCAACAAGCCGCCACCAUGAACACAAAACUCUCUUCCUUCAAAGUCCCCCCUGCUUCUCUCCCUGUUUUUCCUGUCAUCUUCAUCAUGAUCCUCGCCCCAACUUACAACCAACUAAUUCUCCCAAUUGCAAGAAAACUCACCAAAUCCGAAAUGGGAAUAACCCAUUUACAGAGAAUCGGAACAGGGCUUGUUCUAUCCACAGUAGCAAUGGCUGUAGCAGCAUUAGUUGAAACCAAGAGAAAAGCCUUAGCCAUGAAAACCCACAAAUUGGAUUCUUCUGAGCCUUUGCCCAUCACUUUCCUUUGGGUGGCUUUGCAGUAUUUGUUUUUAGGGUCAGCGGAUUUGUUCUCUUUGGCUGGAAUGAUGGAGUUUUUCUUCACAGAAGCCCCUUUAAGUAUGAGAUCUUUAGCCACUGCUCUGUCAUGGGCUUCCUUAGCCAUGGGCUAUUACUUUAGCUCUGUUUUGGUGACUCUUGUUAAUGGUGUGACUAAGGCUUGUGGGCUUAGGCCAUGGCUAUAUGGGAAAAGCUUGAAUCAUUAUCAUUUGGAGAGGUUUUAUUGGGUGAUGUGUGUAUUGAGUGGGCUUAAUUUCUUGCAGUAUCUGUUUUGGGCUAAUCGCUAUACUUAUAGGUCCAUUAAUGGAAGAGAGCAGUCUUUGAAGGAACAAUCACAAAUGUCUGAUUUAGUUGAGGAAAGAGAUGUGUAGAGAUGACAUUGUGUUAUUAUAUAUAUAUAUAUAUAAACACAUUGUUUGAAAUAGUUUAUGAGUAACGUAUCUUAUUGAUUUUAUCA